AUGGCAGUAUUGUUUGGCAAGAAGAAGGAAGGGGUGACGCUGCGUCCUCGUAUACGGCGUUCAACACCGCUUAUGGACGUAGGACUUGCAGUUAUUUUAGGUGCUGUCACAGGUGUUUACAUUUUUAAAGACACAAUGCAGCGUUGGCAAGUUUCCGAAGACAAAUACACGGCAACGGCCCAGAAGCACAAGGAAGUAGCGCUUGAUUAUAAUCAUGCAUUGAUCUUUUGGUUUCAAGUACAAACAUGCAUCCAAGAUUCUUACAAUGCAGCUACCUUCCUCGCUCCUUUUUUGGCUUGGCGCGAGGUAGCAGUAAGGUCCUAUGGUAAGUUGUCAAAGUUCGUUGGCCAUCGCAAGGAGCUUGUGUAUAUCAACAAAUUGAUGAAUAAGUUCAAGCUGUAG